AGCAAAACCAAUCUCAUUCUGCAGCCAACAAAAACCUCGUGUUUCAUUCAGCUGAAAAAGAAAGCAGCGUGCGUUUGUGGCUUGACACAUUACAUCAAUAUUUUUGCUACGAACGAUAAUUCAUGUAAUUUGGUGUAUGGAUUCAACUCAUUGUUAUUUGUUACUAGUUAGGAAAGUUACGCCUUGGAUAACCGCUAUAUCUGUUCUCUUGAAAGAUAUUGCAUAUUGGUCUGUCAGCAAUGAGCGGUGAUAGCAGGAGUGCUGCUGGGGAAAGAGUUGGUGAAAACAUUGAAGACCCAAUGGCAACAUGUACCAGCGAUAUGGAAUAUUUUGAAAGUUAUCAAGAUUUUGACACCCAUCGACUGAUGUUAGCGGAUAAAGUUAGGACAAAUGCAUACAAAGAUGCAAUUUACAAUGCUAAACAUUUGUUCGAAGGAAAGGUUAUAAUGGAUAUUGGUGCUGGCACAGGAAUUCUCAGCUUGUUCUGUGCUAACGUUGGUGCCAAGAAAGUAAUUGCUGUCGAAGCAUCGGAAUUAGCCAGAUUUUUACCAAAGGUUGUGGAAGCAAAUGGGUUUCAAAAUGUGAUUGAGGUUAUCCACUCAAAAGUAGAAGACGUUAAGCUAGACUUGAAGAUUGAUAUAAUGGUUUCCGAAUGGAUGGGGUUUUAUCUUCUCCAUGAAUCUAUGCUAGAUUCUGUAAUUUAUGCUAGAAAUAAAUUUCUUAAACCAGAUGGGCUCAUGUUUCCAAAAUCUGCUCAGAUAUUUGCUUCGCCAUGUAAAAUUCCUGAAUUGUGGAAAAAUUGUCAUGAUUUUUGGAACGAGAAACAGUAUGGAUUCGAUUUAAGUUGCUUUUCAGACGUUGCGAAAAUAAAGAAUAAGCCAGAAAUUGUUUCGGUAGCGUCUGACUGUCUGUUGUCAGAUGCUCAACUGCUAUGGGACUUGGACCUUAUGAAGAUUUCCCUUGAUGAACUCAAGUCUUUAAACGAUAGACGAUUUUUUGCGAUUGAAGAAGAUGGGGACAUGCAAGGAAUCUGUAUUUGGUUUACGUGUGCAUUUCCUGUACAAGAUGAAGAGGGAGUUGAUGCCACACUCUCAACUGCCCCAUGGCUUCCUGAAACUCACUGGAAACAAACAGUGGUAGUCCUGCCAGAACAAACCUCGUUCGAAGCAGGGGACAUAACAGGAUGGGAUUUGCACCUGGAAAAAUCAGAUCAUGGUCGCUCGUACAAAAUCCAAUUGGAAUGUUUGGAUGCCAAUGAAGAACAUCCAGUCCCUUGUUUGUGUGGGUCUGUAAAAUGUGAACUUGUGAGGCAUUUCAUGAAAACACAUCCGGAUCCAUCCGAAAGCAUUAUGAACAAUACAAAUGUGUAGCACAUGCAUGGCACAUAAGUUGAAAGUAAUUUUACAUUAUAUAUAAACUUGAAAACUAAACUACUAAAAUUAAUUACAUGAUUUUGUUUUUGCUAAGAAAUGUUAUAAUAAACUGUUACAAUGCAUGUAACCCAGUACGUCGUA